AUAGAAAAAAAAAAACGAAUAAACUUUCGUUAUGUUUAGUUGUUACUGUUGAAAAAGGUUCAACAUAUAAUAGAAUAAAUGAUAAAGAUGUUGAUGAUGAAGAUACAAAUAGCAAAAGUCCUCAUCCAUCAUCACCACCUGAUAAUCGUUCAACAAAAUUGGCAUCUACUUCACCUCCUGCUGUUCGAUCAACAGAUGAAAUUGUUCCUGAUCGUCCAACAUCGCCUAUUUCACCAUCAUCAUCACCAAUCAUAAAAGAAGCAGUUACAAAUCAAUCAGUUCAACAACUUUUUCCUCUGCCAUC